AUGGCCUUUCGAAUGGGUCUCUCGGGACUGGCACGAGCCGUCCAGCGAAGGAAAGCCUCUACUUCCUCUCCUAUUGGGAGUGUCGCCUUUUGGUGGCGUAUCAACCUGUUUAUUGUCAUGCCGGCAUUGAUUCUCGUUGGUAUGUACUCGGUUCCUAAAGAAUUAGAGCACAUUGCCCACUUGAAGGAACAUCAAAAGGAGUUUGUCAACUUUCCCUACUUGAGGAAGCGAAAGAAUCCCUUCCCAUACGGCGAUGGUGACCACUCUCUCUUCGCAAACAAGUACUCAAACCCUGAUCCCAAGGUGGAUGAAGAAUAA